GCGUAUAUUUAAAAUUAUUGUUGGAUGACUAAUUUUGUAUUUAUAUAGGAAAGUAAAUUACUGAGUUUGAAAUAGUGCCAUUUAUUACAAUCUCUAAUCAACUUAUUGUAACUCUGAAGCGAAUGAAAAAUCGUUAGAUAAACAUGGCUACCAGUAACAUAGGAACUACCAUUUUUAACAUACCACCUGAGCCUAAACCGGUGCCCACUUUAAAUUCUGAUGAAGAAUCAUUUGUUAUAUUGGGGAAAUCUCUCGAAGGAUUGUUAUAUGAGGAAGAUUCUGGCACCAGCAUAAUUUUAGAAGCAAAACAAUUGUUAAAAGAAGAAUUGGAAAAAAUAUCACUCCAAGUAAAGGAACAAGAGCUUAAAAAUGGUCAUCAAGGGAACCCUCUUUUUGCGAAUGGAGUAAAUGAAAAGCAACCAUCUGUUAGUGAUAAUAAAGUUGAUCUUGAAACAAGCCAAUGCAAAUUCCACACAGCAAACUUUGAAGAUAAAAACUAUCAUUCAACAGCUUUGCCUACCAUGCCUUCACAUUUAGCAGUUGCUGACGAAACAAAUAAGGCAAUAAGCAUUAUCAGCUUUGCUCCAAAUGAAUUUCAAUCAGAAGAACUUCAGAAUAAAGUUUCUCAGCUCAUUGAAGAAAACGUAAACUUAAAAGAUACAAUUAUUCAGAACAACAACAGCAUGAAGGCACAGUAUGAGAGAAUUGUUGCAUGGCAAAGUGAAGUAGAGAAAGUUCAUCAAACUCAUAAAGAAAAAUUUAUGAAAGCGAAGGAAUGCAUUGAAACAUUAAAGAAGGAAAAUGCUUCGCUUCAAUUAGAAGUUGAGAACCUUAAGGAAGCCCUAAGGGAAAAUCAACAACUAGUUCAAAAUAAUGGAGAAAAUGUUGAUAAGAUAGAGCUGGACAAAGCUAAAAAUGAAAUAAAAGAACUAAAAGAAGUAAUAGAGAAUGUAACUCUCAAAAAUGCUGAAGCAAUAAACAUUGAAGUAGGGAAACAAACUUUGGUGGAACAGAAACUAGCAAACUAUGAAGAAGCGCUUGAAGAUGCUUACAAAACUAUUAAAGAAUUAAAGGCAAACAAAAAUCUUGAACUAGCAUCCUUAGGCUCUUUAAAGGUAUUGGAAGAGAAGUCACAGAAAGAGAUAGUAUCUCUCCAAACUCAGCUAGCAAAAAGUUUGCAGCAUUCUGACACAGCUUCUAGACUUUCUUAUGAAUUAGAACAGGCCAAAUACAAAAUUACUGAGUUGGAACAACAUAGAGAGAUUAAUGAAAAUCAUCUAAAAGAAGCAAACAACAGAUGUGAUGUUAUUAUGGCAGAUAAAAAAGCCUUGUCUGAAAGUAUUUGUGCAUUAACUAAGGUUAUUGAUGAUAAACAGAAUGAACUGUGCAGUUUGAAACAACAGUUAUCAGACAAAAAUUUGGAAUUACAAGGUGUGGUUUUACAACUCAAAUCACAGUAUAAACAGCAACAGAGUGGAGUAGACAAUGAACAAGUAGCAAACUUGCGUCAACAAUUGAUGCAAGCCCAAAAAGCUUACACUGAAUGUAAUCAGGCCAAGGUCCAACUCCAGGCUCAGAGUAACAAGUUACAAACAGAAAAUUAUGAAUUUUCACAAAAGCUCCUAACUAAACAAGAAGAGGAAGACACACUCUAUGCCUUAAAAGCUCAACUGGAAGUGUAUAAAAGUGAUUUUGAAGCUGAAAGAGAGGCGAAGGAGGAUAUAAAAAGAGAGAAAUUGAAAUUGUCUGAAGACCUACAGAACUUGCACAGAAGGAACAUACAAAUGCAGGAAGAAAUUGAAUUGUACAGAGAACAAGUUAAUCAAUUCCAUCCUGUGUCGACAACACGUAGAGGAGAAGAGGCAAGAAGUAACAGUGGUUCUGAUAAGCAUGUUUACAGAUGUCCGAAAUGUUCUUUUGGAUUUACUACAUUGCAAGCAGUUGAAAACCACGUUGCUCGUUGUUUAGAACUAGAUGAUAGUCUUCCAUAGCUAAUCUUAUCAAUAUAUUUUUAAAAAAUGUGAUUAUAUAAAAAUAGUGUGCUUUGUUAUUUUACGCAUUAAGUAGGUAUAUCUAACACUUAUUUGUUAUUACACACAUCAGUGUUUUUUUUUCAGUAGACUGAAAGUUAGGUUUAUUUUACAUUAUAUAUUUUUAAAUGGUAUAUUGGUAUACCGCUAUAUCUUUAUUGGUAUAUUUAAAAAAGUUUCUUACAUUCAAAUAAUCCUUAGUUUUCCUUCUUUUUUAUGAUUUCUGGAGAAUACAAAUUUUAUUUUUUAAAUUAGAUUUCUGUUAUUAAUGGAACAAUAAGAAAUAAGCUUAUAAAAGUUAAAAUUAAACAUGAAUUAAAAACUUAA